AUGCUGCCGCUUCUCCUACUGGCGCAGCUGUGGAGGGCGCUACCCGCCUGCGGCGAGGGCGCGGAGGCGGCGCUCAGCCCAGAGCGUGACCUCGAGUGGCAAGUUUCGUCGAAUACAAAAAUGGAGUGGAUAACAGUGUUUACCCGAGUGUCGCGAGGGCAAGCCGAGUGGCGGGGCCUGGGUUUACUGGCCACUCGUGCUGGCCGGGACCUGGAGCACUGGAGAUAUAAAACAAAAGAAAUUGGUUACAAAGUCGUGAUUGGGAACAAAUCAACUCAUUGCAAUCGCAGGCAGAACUACGGAAGUGGGAAAGGGACCAUGACUGAGAUUGAGAUGUCCUCCUCUACUCUUCUGAGCCUCUAUCAGAAGGACAAGCAUGUGCGACAAAUAUCCGGUUCCCAUACAUAUAAAGGAAUUUUUGUUAUCCAAAGUGAGAGUAUCAAGACAUGCAUCCAAGCAGACAAGUCUGCACUUACUCUGGUGAACUGCAAACAGCCAAACAAGAAUAUGUUGUGGAAAUGGGUUUCAAAGCAACACCUCUUUAACAUUGGAGGUAGUGGUUGCCUGGGUCUUAAUUUAUCUAACCCAGAGCAGCCAUUGAACAUAUAUGAAUGUGAUUCUACCCACGUCUCCUUGAGGUGGCGCUGUAACAGGAAGAUGAUCAUGGGUCCACUCCAGUACACGAUACAGGUGAAACACAACACCACCAUUGUGGCCUCGUGGAAAUAUCUUCAUAAGUGGAUUUCAUUCAUGUCAGGUGGUGAAGGCAUUUGUGACUAUCUGCAUAAAGAUUUAUAUACAAUUAAAGGGAAUGCCCAUGGGAUGCCAUGUGUGUUUCCAUUUCAGUAUAACCAGCGAUGGCAUCAUGAGUGUACCCGGGAAGGUCGGGACGAUGACUUGCUGUGGUGUGCCACAACAAGCCGCUAUGAACGAGAUGAGAAGUGGGGAUUCUGUCCAGAUCCCACCUCUACAGAGGUCGGCUGUGAUGCUGUAUGGGAGAAAGACUUCAAUUCACACAUUUGCUACCAAUUCAACUUGCUUUCAUCUCUCUCUUGGAGUGAGGCACAUUCUUCAUGCCAGCUGCAAGGAGGUGCUUUAUUGAGUAUUGAGGACGAGACUGAAGAAAAUUUUAUAAGGAAGCACUUAAGCAAUGAUGCAGUGGCAGUGUGGAUAGGUCUAAAUCAGCUGGAUGAAAAUGCUGGCUGGCAAUGGUCAGAUGGAACACCACUCAAUUAUCUCAACUGGAGCCCAGACAUAAACUUUGAGGCAUUUGUUGAAUAUCACUGUGGUACAUUUAACUCAUUCAUGCCAAAUGCCUGGAAGAGCCAGGAUUGUGAGUCUGCCUUGCCCUAUGUAUGUAAAAAAUACUUAAACCACACUGAUCACGAUGCAGUAGGUAAGUAUGUUUGGAAAUAUUAUGCUACGUACUGUGAGCCUGGCUGGAAUCCUUACAAUCGUAAUUGUUACAAACUUAAGAAAGAAGAGAAAACCUGGGAUGAGGCUCUGCAGUCUUGCCAGUCUGAUAAUAGCACAUUAAUAAACAUAGUUUCAUUAGCAGAGGUGGAGUUUCUUGUAACCUUCCUCGCAGAUGAAAAUGCAUCAGAAACAUGGAUUGGUUUGAGUAGCAGUAACAUUCCAUUGUCCUUUGAAUGGUCUAAUGGCUCCUCAGUCACCUUUACUAAUUGGCACACACAUGAGCCCCGAAUUUUUCCAAAUAGAAGCCAUGUAUGUGUCUCAGCAGAGCACUCGGAGGGACACUGGAAAGUUAAAAAUUGUGAAGAAGCACUUGUUUAUGUCUGUAAAAAAUCAGGCCAUGUCCUUUCUGACACGGAAUCAGGCUGUGGAAAGGGAUGGGAGAGACACGGUGGAUUCUGUUACAAAAUUGACACAGUCCUCCGAAGUUUUGAACAUGCCUCCAGUGGUUAUUACUGUCCACCUGCACUUGUAACCAUUACAAACAGGUUUGAGCAAACUUUUAUUACCAACUUGAUCACUAGUGUGGUACAAACGAAGGAUAGUUACUUUUGGAUAGCUCUUCAAGACCAAAAUGAUACAGGAGAAUACACAUGGAAAGCAGCGGGGCUGAAGUCGGAGCCAGUGCAGUACACACACUGGAACGCACAUCAGCCACGUUAUAGUGGGGGAUGUGUUGUCAUGCGAGGAAGGACUCCACCUGGUCGCUGGGAAGUGAGGGACUGCAAGCACUUUAAAGCAAUGUCCCUGUGCAAGCAGCCAGUUGAAAUUCAGAAGAAAAACGAGCAUGAAGACAGAUGGCCUUUUCACCCCUGCUAUUUGGGCUGGGAGUCAGAGCCUGGACUGGCCAGUUGUUUCAAGGUAUUUCAUAGUGAAAAAGUCCUGAUGAAAAGAACAUGGAGAGAAGCUGAAGCAUUCUGUGAAGACUUUGGAGCUCACCUGGCAAGUUUUGCCCAUAUUGAAGAAGAGAAUUUUGUGAAUGAGCUCUUACAUUCAAAAUUUGAUUGGACAGAAGAAAGGCAGUUCUGGAUUGGAUUUAAUAAAAGAAACCCAAUGAAUGCUGGCUCUUGGGAAUGGUCUGAUAGGACCCCUGUUGUCUCUUCAUUUUUAGACAAUACUUAUUUUGGAGAAGAUGCCAGAAAUUGUGCAGUGUAUAAGGCAAACAAAACGUUGCUGCCCUUGCCCUGUGGUUCCAAACAUGAGUGGAUAUGCAAAAUUCCAAGAGAUGUGCAACCCAAGAUUCCACGAUGGUACCAACAUGAUGAACCAUGGCUCUUUCACCAGGAUACGGAGUACCUUUUUCAUACCUAUGCCUCAGAAUGGGCCUCCUUUGAGUUUGUCUGUGGUUGGCUGCGUAGUGAUCUUCUCACAAUUCAUUCUGCAAAAGAGCAAGAGUUUAUCCACAGCAAAAUAAAAGAGCUAUCAAAGUAUGGUGUAAAUUGGUGGAUUGGACUUCAAGAAGACAGAGCCAAUGAUGAAUUUCGCUGGAAAGAUGGAACACCACUAAUAUACCAGAACUGGGACAAACAAAGAGAGACGUCUGUGAAUCACCGGAACCAGAGAUGUGGCUUCAUUUCUUCCACAACAGGACUCUGGGGUAGUGAAGAGUGUACCAUUUCUAUGCCUAGCAUAUGUAAGCGAAAAAAGUUUUGGGUCAUAGAGAAAGAGAAAGAGAAAGAUCAACCAAAACGACAUGGAUCGUGUCCUAAAGGAUGGCUGUAUUUCAACUACAAGUGCCUUUUAUUGAAAACCCCCAAAGAUCCAAGCCACCAGAAGAACUGGACAUCCGCUCAGAAUUUCUGUGUUAAAGAGGGGGGGACACUGGUCUCUAUUGAGAAUGAGGUGGAGCAAGCUUUCAUUACUAUGAAUCUUUUGGGCCAGACCACUAAUGUGUGGAUAGGGUUACAAAAUGAUGAUUAUGAAAAAUGGCUCAACGGAAAGCCUGUUGUGUAUUCUAACUGGUCUCCAUUUGAUAUAUUAAAGAUUCCACAUCAUAGCACCGUAGAAGUUCAAAAACAUAUUCCUCUCUGUGCCUUGCUGUCAAGUAAUCCUAAUUUUCAUUUCACUGGAAAAUGGUAUUUUGAAGACUGUGGAAAAGAAGGUUAUGGGUUUGUUUGUGAAAAAAUGCAAGAUGCUUCUAGGCACGAUGUAAGUGUGUCUGAUGUGUAUCCAGUCCCUGAUAUUUUAGAAUACGGAAACAGGACUUUCAAAAUAAUUCAUGCAAAUAUGACUUGGUAUGCAGCCAUGAAAGCCUGCCUGGUGCAUGGAGCAGAACUGGUCAGCAUUAGAGACCAAUAUCAUCAGUCUUUCCUCACAGUUAUCCUCAGUCGUCUCGGACAUGCCCACUGGAUUGGACUGUUCACUGCAGAUAAUGGUCUUAAUUUUGACUGGACUGAUGGUACCAAAUCCACUUUCACUUACUGGAAAGAUGAGGAGUCAUCCUUCCUUGGCGACUGUGUUUUUGCUGACCCCAGUGGACACUGGAGCAGUUCAGCCUGCGACUCAUUUCUGCAAGGAGCCAUUUGUCAUGUGCCCUCUGAGACAAGACCAUUUGAAUACCCAGAGUUGUGCUCAGAAACAUCUAUCCCCUGGAUAAAAUUUAAAAGUAAUUGCUACAGUUUUUCUACAGUUCUAGACACUAUGAGCUUUGAGGCCGCUCAUGAAUUUUGCAAGAAGGAAGGAGCUAAUCUUUUAACAAUCAAGGAUGAGGAUGAAAAUACAUUUCUCCUAGAAGAACUUUUUGGUUUUGGCUCUUCUGUCCAAAUGGUUUGGUUGAACGCUCAAUUUAAUAGUAACAAAGAAACCAUACAGUGGUUUGAUGGAACUCCCACAGACCAAUCCAACUGGGGUGUUCGGGAGCCAGAGACAGACCUUUUGAAGCCCCAUCUGUGUGUUGCCCUGAGGAUCCCGGAAGGACAGUGGCAGUUAGCUCCGUGUCAAGAAAAAAAAGGAUUUAUAUGUAAAAUGGAGACAGGUAUUCAUGUUCUAACAGAGCAUCCAGAAGAAGGACCAAGUCACAGCAUUGUACCUCUGGUUGUAACUCUGACACUGUUUGUAGUGUUGGUAAUUUCCAUCCUCUCCUACCUGUACAAGCACAAUCGUGGUUUCUUCAGGAGACUCACAGGAUUCAGGAAUUCUUACUACCCAUCAAACAACUUUAGUACGGUGCAUUUAGAAGAGAAUAUUCUCAUUUCUGAUCUUGACAAGAAUGAUGAAUAA